AUGCGGAUUCUCAGCUCGCCGCCAACGAACGGUUCUUUGUUCUCUCGGACUGCAUCUCGCUGCAUCCUUGCCUCCCUCGUCUGCUACAUCCUCCUGGUCCAGUACUGUCGAAUUCGUAGCCAUCGCGACCCAACCUCUGCCUUCUUCGACGCGCGGGAGGGAUACAAGCCGAUAUACUCCGGGUUUAGAGCCUCAAAGGGCGCUAACUUUAUCCGAUACAUCGAUGCGGUGGCCAGCUCCACCACCAAUGCCACCACAGCUCUCAAACCGCCGCCGGAGAACAAAAACGCAAGUCUCUGCGUGGGCAUUGCCUCCAUCGCUCGCAAGGAUGUGAGCUACAUUGAAGCAACGGUUGGAUCCUUGCUCAUGGAUCUCGGUCCGCGGGAGCGUGAAGAUCUCUACUUGAUCUUAUUUAUACCCCACGUAGACCCGACGAUCCAUCCUUCCUUCGAGAGUAAAUGGCUAUCGGCCAUGGCAGACAGAGUCCUGCUCUAUAACGUUACUACGGCAGAACUCGAUCACCUCAGAGAACUGGAAAAGGAAGGGGGGUUAUUUAGGGAGAAAGGCUUGUUCGAUUACGUCUAUCUGCUAAAGGCGUGUCAAGAAAUUGGGGCUCCACAUACCAUAAUGGUGGAAGAUGAUGUCCUCGCAAUGGAUGGCUGGUACCAUCGUACAAAGCGAGCUCUGGUAGAUGCUGACCAGCAGACCAGCCGGCUGGGAGCGUCACAGUAUUUAUACCUUCGACUGUUCUAUACCCAGGGCCUUCUAGGCUGGAAUAGCGAAGAAUGGUUUAUAUAUCUCCUCUGCUCCGUGGCUGUGAUCGCAGCCCUUUGGGGUACCCUUGUUACCACUCGGCGGUAUGUCCCUCGCUCAAACAGCCUACUCACAAAUAAAGCCGUCUUGGUCAUCUGCUUUAUAUACGGGCCUCUCUGCAUCGUGCUCUUCUUUGCCUCGGGCCGUUUGUCAAUGCUACCGAUUCCCUCAGGGGUCCACCAAAUGCCGCGUUUUGGAUGCUGUUCUCAGGCCCUUGUGUUCCCACAUAACCGUGUCCCGGAUGUUGUCUCCUGGUACGAGAAGAAGAAGAUUGGGUUUGCGGACUCCCUUUUGGAGGAAUAUGCCAACAUAAAUAACGAAAUUAGGUGGGCUUUAACCCCCAGUGUCUUCCAGCAUAUUGGUGCCAAAAGCUCGAAAGAUGGUUCUGGUGAUGAUGUUGCAAAGCAGAUUUGGAACCCAGACUUUGAGCUGAAUGACCCGAUUGCACUGCAAGCUGAACAUAACGAGGCUACUAAGCCCGCUAAAAGCAUGCAAUAA